AUGCAUGCAAUUUCAGUUUUCCAUGAUCGUCAUCGUGUUGGAAAAUCUUUGAAACGUGCUGCAACGGAUUUUUUUAUCGAAUAUGAAACACCAAAAUUAGUUGUAAUACAUAACGUAAAAUAUGGUAUUUUAUUUCGUAUUACACAAAUAAUUAUUCUUAUUUAUUCUGUAAUAUAUUUACUUAUAUAUGAAAAGGGUUAUCAGAAACAAGAAACAGCAGCUAUAUCAUCAGUGACACUUAAAGUAAAAGGCAUUGGCUAUGUUCAUGCACCAGAAAAUCAAACAAUGACUAUUGAUGGAGCAGAUUAUAUUAUUCCACCAUCAGAGAAUAAUGCUAUAUUUAUAAUGACAAAUUUUAUUCAAACUGAUCAAAAACGAUCUACAUGUGCUGAAAGUAAAAAACUUAAAGAAGCAAAAUGUAAAAAUGAUAGUGAUUGUUUCAAUAAACCAUUUACACCGAGUAUGAAUGGGCGUUGGACAGGUCGAUGUUUGUUACCACCAACAACGAAUAUUUUCAAUAGAAUAACAAAUAAUACAAAAACUACAAUGGGCUUAUGUGAAUAUGCAGGUUGGUGUCCACCAGAAGAUUAUCGAUCAUCGGAAAUGCGUGUUCAAGAAACUCGUAAUUUUACAAUAUUUAUUAAGAAUUUUAUUGAAUUUCCAACAUUCAAUGUUAAGCAUAAAAAUAUGGUUGAUAAUUUAGAACAAUGUACUUUUCAUCCAAAACAUCAUAAAGAUUGCCCGAUAUUUUCUAUUGGUUACAUAAUGGAUGAAGCAGAAAAAAAUAUUACUGAACAUGAUUUAAUUUUACGUCAUGGUGGUGUUAUACGUAUUAAAAUUGAUUGGGAUUGUAAUUUAGAUCGAAAAAUAAAACGAUGUAAACCUGAAUAUUCAUUCGCUCGUCUUGAUGUACCUUUUCAUGAAAAACCAUUUUCACGUGGUUUUAAUUUUCGUUACACUACUUCUUGGAAACAUAAUGAAGAAUAUUUUCGUGUAUUAACAAAAGCUCAUGGUCUUCGUUUUAUAAUUACUGUUAAUGGUAAAGCUGGAAAAUUUGAUUUGAUUGAAUUAAGUUUAAAUGUCGGUUCAAUAAUCGGACUGUUUGGUUUAGCAACAUUUGUUUGCGAUAUUUUUCUACUCUAUUUAUCGAAAAAAUCACGAAUUUAUCGGAAGUAUGUCUUUGAUAGUGUUCGUUUACCAACGCGUACUAGUAAUGUAAUAAACGCACUUAAAAUAAAUAUUAGAAAAAAUGAUGAGAGACAUUCAAAUUCCGACUCAAAUAUAGAAGCAGAAUCAUCAUAUGCAACACCUGAGCGUAGUUCAAUAUCGCCAAAAAAAGCAGUUAAAAUUGAUCCAGCUGCUUUUAUUAGUCCGGUUUGA